UCUCCCUGGACAACGAUUAAUAGAAGACUUUCUUUCAUAUGCUAUUUCCAUCCCUGCAUGCGUGUGGUCUAUAUUUGACGGCCAGUGUUCGGUUCACCCGUGUGCUGUGGAGUCAGCUGUGUGUGAUGGACAGACUGUAAUGUGAGAUGCACCUUACACCUCCCAGUCUUCACCAGCAGCCCAGAGCCUGUCCCGCGUCUCACAGAAGACGUCCUGUCAGAGGGGGGCGACACGACUCGCUGUGCACUCUCUUUGAGAGGAAGACUGCAACACGGUGCGACUGUGUCUUCGUAUCUUCCUUCAUGGUGUUAUCAGCCCAGUGGAAGCUGCACUGGCCCUCACACUAACAGCACACACCGUGCCUCCUGCUGGGCUCAUCAUCACUCUUCAGAGAUACCGGAAACAUGGCACAGAUUCAGAAAAAAACCUCAACUAUGUCCCUAACUAUAUCAUCAUGCUCCCGUGACACAUCCUCCUCCUCCUCUGCUACAAUACAGCAGAGGCACUCAAGUCUAGUUCAGCCUGUCUGCAUCAGUCCUCAAAUGGUUCAGAACACAAACCAGGGUUCAGGGAAUUCUGGAGUGUCUCCAACUUUUGUGAAGGGUCUUCAUGACGUGAGUACAGUGAAGGGGCAGCUGGUGGUGCUGGAGUGCAGGAUCAGAGGAACGCCUCCGCUGCAGAUCUCCUGGUUCAGAGAGGACGAGCAGAUCAUCGACUCGGCAGACUUCCGGAUUCUUAGAAAGAAGGCAAGCUCAGCUUCUGUUCCUGAGGAAUUGUGCACCCUCGUGAUCACAGAGGCAUAUCCAGAAGAUUCUGGGAUAUUUAAAUGCACAGCAUCAAAUCAGUCUGGAACAGUGACAUGCAGUGCUAUGCUUGAAGUAUAUACAGACCUAGAGGAGGUGUUGGGAGAGGAGGAUGAGCCUUCCUCUCUAAGCUCAGCUGGACUAGAGCUGGAUGACCAGCCCUUGUUACUACAAGACACACUAAUUCCUCCUCCAGAAUGGCCUGACAGCUCUGAGGAAGAGACCGCUGCCCCUGUAGCACGGGAGUCUCUUGUGGACACGGAGAGCAAAGUGUUGACUGAAGCUGCUGAGCUCUCCUCCAUGAGCAAACCUGAUCCUCCAGCAGAGGGGGUUAAAAACAGUGUCCCACAUCCAUUCCUUCCCACCAGCAAGCUGAGUAAACCAGCGGAGCCCAGAGGCAGUGCCAUGAACGUGGCUGACCUGCCCACCUUCUCGCCAUCGCUGUACCCCCCCAGUGCCUUUAAUUAUGAGCGCCCUCGCCAUUUCAUCCAGUCCCUGCCCAGUUUCCACACACCUGACAGUGAGAUCAGCAAACCCAACAACCUCAGUCCCCCGGCUUCAACUGCUGCUCCCUUACUGAGUCCUCCUCAGCCUGGACCUGCUCGGACGUCCAUGUGUUCAAGCAUGACUUUGAUUCCUAAACCACGGCGCUCUCCAAACAAUGAGAAACUAUCAUCAGCAGCUUUUCUCUCAUCUGUCCUGCCUUCACUACCGAGCUCCCAGGCCAAAUGCAUUUCCACACCUCAGUCUCCACAUCCCCGGUGCUCCCCUAGAUCCCCCAGCCCAACACCAAAGGCCCAAGAACAGCCGCGGUCUCCUCCACCUCAGUCGCUGAAUCAUGCUCCUGCAACUGUCCCAUGCCGGAUAUCUCCAGAUAUCCCGAAAACAGCUGCUCCACCCCUACAGCCCCCACCUGUGUCUCACAUGACCUACACACCCAACACCUUGCCAAAGCCAAUCUUGAAGAAGACUGUUUCCCGACCAGCGUCUCGUGCCACAGAUGAAGAGAUUCAGGGCUCAAAAGAUGCUCUUAUCCAAGACCUUGAAAAGAAGCUUCGGAACAAAGCUCCUCAACAAAGGAACUUUCAGAAGACGUCAUAUGAGGAGCGGAUGGCUAGAAGAUUGUUGGGAGCAGAUAAUGCUGCCUCAGUAUUUGAUCUUGAAAAUCCAUUCAUUUCACAGCCUGCACAGCCAGGCUCUCCAGAGGGUCUCCAGCCUGGAGGAAUAUGGUCCAGAAAGAAUUGUCCCGGAGGGGACAGUACAGAGGCAUCAACCAUCCAAGAGAAGUGUUAUGCUCCUCGUUUUAUACAAGUGCCGCAAGAUCUUACUGUUGAAGAGGGACGAUUCUGCAGGAUUGAUUUUAAGGUUGUAGGUUUGCCAACACCAGAUAUUUCUUGGUAUCUCGAUGGGAAACUCAUCCGACCUGAUGAUUAUCAUAAGAUGCUGGUGUGUGAGAAAAGCAUCCACUCCUUCAUUAUUGAAAUCGUGACCAUUCAUCAUUCAGGUGUAUAUGAAUGUGUAGCGAAGAACCGUGCUGGAGAGAGCCACUUCUCUCUGCGCCUGGAUGUGAUUGCUCAGGAGCAGUUGUGUCCUCCCACAUUUGUGGUGAAGAUGAGGAAUUCUCGGGUUCUCGAGGGCGAUGCUGUGCGGUUAGAGUGUAAGGUGGCGGCAUCUCCAACACCUCAGCUCUACUGGAAGAAAGACAAGGAAAUGCUGCGAAUCGACCCCAUGAGAAUGAGUCUUUCUCAGGACGGUUCAGGAAAGCAGUGUUUGGUCAUUGAUCCAGUGAUAAAGUCUGAUGCGGGCUGGUACACUGUAUCUGCCAUUAAUGAAGCAGGCAUGUCCACAUGCAACGCCAGGCUAGACGUGGGCACUCGACUGAAUAAGUCCUCCCCUCCUGUCAGGACGCUGAAGAGUCUUCCCAUCUUGAGCCAGUUUUCCACACUGAGCACAGAGCCUGUUCCUCAUCACACCGCCCCACUAUAUGAGAGCGAAGAACUGUAGAAACUCAUGUUGACAUCAGAUAUUAUUAUGUAGUAUAUGUCUCUGUAAAUGAGCCAGUUAAGCACUUUAUCCAGUGUCUGCCUGAGGAAUGACUGGAUGUGAGAAUCAACACGCUCUCAUGGUUGAUUUGGUUGGAUAUGGAUUACCAGUCUCAUGUAAAGCUGCGUAUUUAUCUAAUUAUUUUAGUUUGUUCAGUUCUGCAUAAACUAGACUAAUGCUUUGAUUGCUGUAUUUUGUUGUUGAUGCCGUGUGUCCACUGUGGAAGCUCAAUAAGUGUGCACUGAUACACUCGGAAACCACAUGAUGAUCUUAUAUGUACUGAAAACGAUAUUUGUUGGAAUUUUUGCUACUAGUACAAAGAAUUUGGUCAAAUGUAUUGAUUACAGUCCUGAACGCAGAUAUCAUGUGUUAAAUAUGAUGUGACAUGAACAUUUGAGUAAAGAUCUUUGUGAAAACACUA